GGUCAACGGACGUCGAGCGAGCAAAAUGUCACAGGAAGACUCAGUCAUUUCCACUGCAGCUGGGAUCAAGAGCAAGGUGGAGCAGCUAACAGGACGUCUGCAGCACUGCGUGGAGAACUUGGAGAUGGUCUCCUGCAGCGGCCAGCAUUUUACUCGAGAACCUGCGCCUGUUGGACAGCACCAGGGACAGCACCAGCGGCAUCCAAGUCAGCAUGCAGCGGUACAGCGUUCGGCGGCCGGAGAGCGUGGUGCCGACCUGUUGGCACAGGCGAGGACAUCUGCGACGGGAGCACAGCCGCUUCCCCCACACAGGGAAGGCACUCGUCGCCGCUCCAGCCAUGCCUCGGGUGCAUCCCACGAGCCUGAGAACCAUCACCGUGAGAGCCGCGGCUCGGCUUCAGGCGGUACGGAUGGGAAAUUUGGGUAUGGGGGUUUGCGCCGGACUGCACAGCAAGAGGAGGCAGACGAGGAUGAGGAGGACUGGGCGGACAUGCCGGCAGACCCAGGGGCGGAUGACAGCGACGAAAACUACCACGAUGAGGAGCAGCGGGGUCGGAGCGCCAUGCCGGGCUUUAUGCAUCAGCCCAUGCCGGUCCAUGGUGCUCCCAGCGAUGCGCCACCUCCGCCGAACAUCUCGGUGGGCGCUGCGCUACAGAACCUGAAAGCCAGCCUCUCGCAGCAGGUGCAGUCUUCGCUGUCGGGCAAGCACACCCCCACGCACGGCGAGCAGCUGAAGAGCCAGUACAAGCAGGCCAUGAGCGACAACGUGCAGCGACGGCUGCUGGGGCGCGCAGACAACUACCACAACACCACCAGCAGCUUGGACGCAUCCGACAGCGAAGGCGCCGGAAGCGGGCUGCAGUCGGGCAACUUGACGCGCACACGCCUCAUGGGGGCUCUGGGCUCAGACAACGGCGGCACUGUGCCCGGCAGCCCCCUACGCGGCGCGUCGCCCGCGCCCACCUCUCGGGCUGCGGCGCUGCUGGCGGGCGGCGGGGGCAGCAUGGCCCGCUCUGCCAUGCGCGUGUCGGGCACCGGCAGUGGCGCAGGGGAUGAGGACGUGCGCGACGCGCCGCAGUCCGCAGCGAGCUCCCGGCGCACCAGCAUGGACGUGCAAAGGCCGCCUCCGGUGCCAGCGCCGGCGCCAGUGCCCAAGCCCGCAGCAGCGCCGUCACCCCCGCCGCCGAUUGUGCCGGUGCCGGCGACCGGCUUCAAGCCACCUGCUGGCCUCACUUCACCGGCGGUCAGCAGCCCCCUGCCGGCGCCCGUGCCGGCCACGGGCUUCAAGAUGCCGAUGGCCGCAAGCCCCGCACCUGCAGUUGCUGCGACAUCGCUGUCGCCGGCGGCCUCCUUCCGCAGCGACGCGCCGGCGCUGAGCCCCAGCCCCGGCAGUGGCGGCAUCGGCUGGAAGUUUGGCAUGGACUCGGGCGGAAGCGUCAACCUGGGCGGGCCUGACACGGACGGAGGAGGAGGAAAGGGUGAGGGCGGACUGAGCCCCUUCGCCUCGGGCCAGUCGCUUCAGACGUCGAAUUCGUUUGCGGUGGCGUUCGAGCAAGGCGCAGAUGUCCUGCUCCAGCCGGCAAACAACUCUGGGGUUGUUGGCUUCAUGCCUCCCGCUAGCCUGACGGGCGUAGGAUCUGGGUCGCGGCCGGCAAGCGGGCCACAACAGGCGACAGGCUUCGUGCCACCGGCCUCCCCCGGCGUGGGCUUUAUGCCGCCGGCUAGCACGCGGUCCGGCUCGGUCACAUCGGAAUCGCACUAUCCCACGGUUGGGCCGUCGGUCGUGCCGCCGCACUAUCCCUCUGUUGGCCUGUCCUCUGGGGGGCUGCAGCCGCCGCCGGAGCCGUCGGGGAGGUCAAACAGCCCGCCGCGUGCGGACCCUCGCAUGGUGCUGAACUCGUACCAGAGCAUGCAGCCGUCACGGCCCGCCGCGACCAUGCCACUGCGGACAGUGGAGACGGUGCGGCUGCGAACUGAGCCAGCUGCCAUGCAGCUGCCGCCUGGUUUCGCCCUGCCGCCAGGGCUCAUGGGGGCUGCUGCGGCCGGCGGCCUGGGCGGCGGCUUUGGCUUUGGCGGCGGCUUCGGGCAUGGUAUGGGUGGUGGCUCCAGCGGCGUUGGCUUCGGAACGCCCAGCAAUCUUGGCCAGCCACCGAGGGAGCAGAGCAGGGACAGCGGGAAUGACAGCCCGGAGACCUUCUCCCCAAUGCUGGGCGUCCAGCGGCCGCCGCCUGGCCGCCGGCGCUCGGACGGUAGCGACAACUCGGACGUAACCCCCAUACCGCCGGCGGGCAUGUCUUCUACGCCCAGCAUCCCGGUGGGCAGCUUCAGCUUCGGCAUCAAUGCCGCCGUGUUCAGCAGCGGCCCUAGCAUGGACAGCGCCACAGCUGGUGGUGGCGGCGACGAGCACUCACCCGCGCCAGCUGCCAGCAGCACCAGCCGCCACUCGUUGUCGCAGGCGGCGCACGCGCUGCACGGGCUUCAGACCGUGACGGAGGAGGAUGCGGCCUCAGAGGACUCGCCGCCCAAGCCCGUCAUGGGCUGGAAGAUUGGCGCGGUGUCGGAGGUCGAGUCUUGCGCCUACGCCAUCGACGUGACCGAGGAGCCGCCGCCACCACCGCCGCCAUCUGCAGUUGGCUUCUCGCCGCCGCCUGCGUUUGGCUUCUCGCCACCGCCCGCACAGGGCUCUUCGCUGCAGCCGGCGACCGCCUCUGGACCCCUCUCGACGCUGGGCUGGCAGCCGCCGCCGGUGGCGACGCUGCCGCACGUGCCGGUCAGCCCCGGGGCAGCCGUGGUGCCCGAGCACACCUCGUUUCGCCUCUCGGACGGCGCCUCCAUGCCUGGCUCAGACGGCGGCCUGCGGUCAGACCGCGGGCUGCAGGUGGAGGGCCGGGAGAAGCUGCCCUGGGAGGAUAGCACCGACGAUGAUGAGGAGCUGCAGCCGGCGCCGCUCCUGCGACAGUCCAGUAGCCUGCGGCGGCUGCCGCCACCAAUCGUGGCCGUGUCGGCCAGCGGCGGCAUGGCGCCUGUGUCGCCGGGGGCUGUCCAGCUGCAGCCGUCGCCGGGGGCCGUCACCGUCAUGUCAUCUUCGUUGGCGCCAGUGCAGGAGGCGGAUAGCGAGGGCCGGGACAGCAGCGUCCGGCUGCCGAAGCUGCAGGACGACGAGGUCGGCGCGUUUCCCAGCUACAGCGAGAACGACGUCAGGCCCAGCCUAGUUCUACCGGCUGUCAAUGCCGCCAGCAGUAGCGGCCAGUCGGCGCCGCCGCCCACGCCUGCGGCAGUUGCGACGCUGGCGGCCGUGGCCGCCCCUCCUGCCGCCGCCAACAGCAGCAGCCAGCUGCAGCGCCAGACGUCCACGCUGAGCAGCCGCAGCAGCGGCGUGGUCGCUGCCACCACCCCUACCGGAGCGCACCCGCCCGGCGACGUAUCCAUCACCAUCACCGACGCCGACAUCGCGCGCUCCGGUGGCGUGGUGCCGGCGCUGCUGGAGAUCGUGCGCGACCGCUUCCGAGCCAAGGGCAUGUCCAACCUGGCGCAAUUCGCCGCCGGCUCCGGCACCGGCUCCAUGGCCGGCGGCAACAGCCACGGCGCCCUCGGCGACGAGGCCCACGGCGCGGGCACGCCGCAAAGCGCGGCGCUGGCGGGCGAGACGCUGGCGAGGCGCAUCAUGGCGCGUGUGGACACGUUCCACAGCGCGCGGCGCGGCGGCGGGCCCGAGGACCUGGUGGCGGCGCUGCAGUCCGUGGCGGAGCAUGACGAGGGUGGUCCGCGCGGCGUGUCGGAGGAUGGCAGCUCGGACCGUGCAGUGCCCGUGUUCAGGCGCACGAGCACCGCAGCCUCCAGUGGUGCAGCCGGCGCCAGCAGCGCUGCUGGCACCUCAACUGGCGCAACGGCGGCGGCGGCGGUGGCGGCUCCGGGCCUGAGCCCUACCAAUAGCGGCUCGUAUGCUAUGCUGAUGGCGCAUUCGCAGCAGGCAGCGCAGCAAAAGGUGGCAGCAACCGCCAUUGCAGCCGCAGCAGCUGCCGCUGCAGCAGCGGGUGGCGCCCAGGCAGCCGCCAUCACCGGGGUUGCACCCGUCACCGCGGCUAGUACGGUUGGCAUGCCGCCCAACCUGAGUCGCGGGCCUUCUAUCCGCAUUGAUUCCGUCAGGCAAGCCCUUGCGCCACCUAUUGAGUCGCCGGGCGCUGCUGCCUCUGCAGCCAGCUCCCACGCAGCCACUGCUGCCACGUCAGCACCUGUCCGCGCCAUCCGCGCUCCGCCCGCUGGCGGCGCCGCAGCCUCGCUCGCGCACGCGCAGAGCGCAGGCACGCUAACCAGCUCUCCGCCGCUUGAGCCCUACACCUCUUCCUCCCUCUCGCCGCGCCCCGCCGCCGUGGGCACGCCCUCCUCCCCCGCCUCCACCAGCAAGGUGGAGACUGCCACUCAGACGGUGCCGCCGCCCGUGGCCGACGGCCUGCCUCCCGCCCUCGGCACCGCGCUGGACUACUUUGCCUCAACCGUGGUGCCGGUGUCUGGCGGCACCAAAGGACGGCCGCGGAACGCCGCAGCAGAGGAUGAGCGGGCGCUGCCGUCCGACAUGCCCGCAGUGCGAACCGCCGCGGACUUCUUCAAGGGCGCCGCCAACCGCGCCACAAUCAACACGUCAGCCAUGGCCGUGCCGCCACGCGACACGCCCGCAGGCAUUUCGCCUGCGGCGGGUGCCGCGGGCGUGGGCGCCGUUGCCGCCGCCAGCGCGCCGCCUGGCCGUGUCCGCACCGCCCGUGACGCCAUGCUGAACAGCAGCUCAGCCACGACACCGGCGCGGCCACAGCGCCAGUCCGUUAGCGGCCGCAGCGGCGUCGCCAGCAGCGGCGGUGGCGGGGUGCUUACACGCGCCGGCAGCGCGGGCCGGCGUGUCAGCGCCGCCGGCAGGGUGGUCAUUGAUGAUGAGCCGGUCGACCUCGCCACCUACCCCUCCCGCUCCGUGUCUAACCGGCACGUCAGCGCGGCGGCGUCACCAGGCGUGGCGCCGAGUGCGCUGCGGACGUCAGCGCACGGCGGCCCUGGCCCCAGCGGCCCUAGCGACGUGGGCGUCGACGGCUUAGCCAAGCAGCAACAGCUGCAGCUGCAGCACCAGGCGCUUAUGCAGUACCAGCAGCAGGGCUAUGACAGGCAGGCGCUGACGCGGGAGAUGCUGCUGCACCUGGCGCAUAUGUCGCCGUCGCGGCACCCCUUCGAAACAACCACAGACGAGGAGCGGGAGGAGGAGGAGCGGCGCGCGCGCCGGCACGCACGCCGCACGCGCAGCCCCCCAUACCCCUCAACUCGCGGCAACGGCGACUCCGCCUCGGCGGGGCAGCAGCAGCAACCGCAGCAGCAACCGCCCACGCAGCCCUCUAGUGCGCGCCGCCCGGCGCCGGCUGUUGGCAUGGCCUCCGUGCCACCAGUGCCAUGGCCGCGGCACCAGGCAGCCAACGCUCCUGCAGGUCUGGCUCUGAACCCCCGUAUCAGUGGCGGCGUGGAGCAGCUGCAGGCGCGCUUUGAUGCCGAGGCCGCCGCUGCCGCCGGUGGCCGCGGCUUUGCUGCCGGCGGCCUGCCUCCCCGGCUCGCAGACGUGCUAGCGGCGGAGGCGGGGCUAGGCCCGGCUGCCGAGUCGCCGGCAGUGGCAGCCGCGCCCGGUGACGGCAUCCCUGUGCCGCCGCUCAGUCUCGACGCGCCCGACAUGCCGGAGCCCGGCGGCGGCGACACCGCCAGCGCCGCCGGCCUCAGCGGCGUGUUGCUCGCCGGCGGCGGCCUCAGCGGCUCGCUGCCGCUGCCGCAUGAGACGUUCUUCAUCUCAUCGCCCCGGUGGCGCGCGAACGACAGCGACGGGUUGGCGGGCACGGGCGAGGUGUUUCUAGCGUCGGGAGCGGGUGGCAAGAAAGCUGCAGGAAGCGGUCGUGGAGGAGCGGUGUCCAUGCUGGGCCGCGGCCGCAUCUCGGCAACUGGCGGCUCCGGGCCCGAGUACACGGAGGACGGCGGCGUCAGCGGCGUCUUGGCGCAGCGCUCGCGGCGCAGCACCACGGUGACUAACACCACCAGCUGGACUAGCAGCAGCGAUGCCGAGGAGGCGCAGCUGCAGGGCCGGCACGUGGACGGCGUGAGCGGUGGCGGCAAAGGUCGCCGGCCAGACGAGGCCGCCGGUCCGCGCGUGCAACAGUCCGGCGGCAAGCAGGCCGCGCAGUUGCCGGUGCGUAGCUCAGCAGGUGCGCGCAGCAGCAGCUCCCGCGGCGUCAACCUUGAGCGGGCGGACACUGCUGGCAGCGGUACCGCCGGCGGCGAGCACCGCCCGCGCUUGAGCGCUACUGGCCGGCGGCGCGCUGCGUACUGGGCGGAUGAGGUCUCGCCGCUGUAUGGGGGUCCUGACGCCCCUUACACGGACCCUGACGGCCUCGACCGGGAGCCGUCGGCUGCAUCGCGUGGCGGCGCCGCCAGCCCUCGCGGCUCCUCUGCCGCCGCUAGCGUGCUGUCGGCGAGGCGCUACGUGGCGGUGGCGCGUGCGCAUCGCUCCGUGUCGGAGGCAAACAGCUCCAAGCGGCUGGGCGCAGGGGCGGUGCUGGAGGGAGAUGACGAGGACGAGGAGGAUGAGGAUGAGGAGGCGGGCGGGAAUGCAAGGGCGGGCGGGGCGGAUGAUGUUGAGGAGGAGGACUACGACGGGCCGCAGGACCUGCAGCUAGAUGAGGAGGAGCGGCAGGAGCAGCAGCCGCAGCAACGGCGGCAGGCUGGCACCCGUGCCAAGCCAGCGCUGGCUGCGAGUCGCGGCGAUGGUGCUGGUGCCGUCGGCUCGCAGCUGCGCUGGGGCGUGGCGGAUGAUGAAGCCGGCAUGGGCUCCACGCGCGCAAUGGCGUCAUCAUCCGAGCAUGACGAAGACGAGGACGGCCAUGAGCACAGCGGCCGCGCGCCACGCGACAGCACGGACUCUGGCGGCCUAACGCCUGACGGCACCCGCGUGCGCCAGUCCCUGCAGCGACUUCUCGACAUGCGUGCAGCCUCGGCUACGUCGCCCUCCCGACCAGCCGCCUCCUCCGCCAAAGAGCAGUCGCCCUUCGCAGGCCGCGGCCCCGCGCCGCCCUCCGCUGCCGGCACGGACUCGCCGGCGGGCCUGACUGGCGGCUCCGAUGGCCGGUCCAACUCCCGCUCGCCCUCCGUCACCGCCACCGCCGGCGGCACCACGGACGCGGACGCGCGGGACCGUGAGCAGCUGCUUCGCCGCAAGGGCCGGGCCGAGGGCACCAGCCGCACAGCGGCGCAGCCCACCGCCACCGCCAGCGCCGGCGCCACUACAAGCGCCGUGCAGCGGGCGCUGCUUGGCAAUGGCGCCGGCGCCGGCGCUGGCAACGCUCACGCCGACGGCAGUGCCGAUGGCGCCAGCAGCGAUGACGCGCCGCCGGAGGACCCACAUGAGCUGGUGUCGCCAAAGUACACACAGGACAUGGCGGAGGAGGAGUACGGCUGGGACGUGGCGACCGGUGACGCUGACGUGGACAACAUCGCAUCGCCGCGCGGCCGACGACCGGCUGCCGCCACCACUCCCCGCGGCGGCGGUAGCAGCAGAGGGCGCCGUGGCGGCAGGGCGGCCCGGCCGCCGCCGCCGCCGCUGCCAUAUGACCCUGCUGAGGUGCCGGGCGCGGGCACGCAUGAUGCCAGCCCCAGCUACACACGCGAGCUGGAGCAGGAGGAGCUACGUGACACCAUGGCGGAGCUGAUCGGUAGCGGGGGAGGAGGAGGCGGCACGCGCGAGCCGCCUCCCCCUGUCAUGGGCACGGCGGCGGCGGUUGCUGCGGCGGUUGCCGCGCUUCAGGCCGACCAGGAGCCGUCAUUCUCGCUGUCCGCGCCGCCGGCACCGGGCUCGCGCUUCGGCAGCGCGCCGGGCACGGCGGCGGCGGCUGUGUCGGCGGCGCUGGCGGCAGCAGGCUCAGGCAGCCCGGCUCAGCACUCGCCGCGGGGCCGUCACACCGUGGGCGGGUUGCCUGCAGCUGCUGCAGCAUCGACCCAGUCUCUGACACACACCGCGCUGGCCUCUGACGGCUUCAACUUGGCCCUGACCAACCUGCUGUCGGGGCUGGGCCCUGUCACGCUCUCAUCGCGUGCCUCAGCCUCGUCUUCCAGCGCAGCAGGCAUGGCUGGCGCCACGUCUGGCGGCGCCGGCUCCGCCAGCACACCCGGCAAGCCCAUCGCCACGCAGACCAGCGUGGGCGGGCCGGCGGUGGCCGUGUCGACGCAGACUAGCCUGGUUGCAGCGGACUCGCAACAGAGACAGCUGCUGCAGGGGCUGCAGGCGCUAGAGGAGCAGGCACGGCGGGCGGCACAGGCCACAGCGGCGUUGUCGACAUCGGCAUCGGCACGGGGCUCGCCCUCUGCUUCGCAGCCUGUGGCAGACGUCGCGGCUUCGGAGCCGGACCCGGAACUAAGGCGGCUGCUGCUGGCGGCAUGGAGCAAGUGGUACCUUCGACGCCUGUCUGCUGACAGUGGUGCGGGACACGAGAGGGACAGCCCGGCGGGUGGCAGCGCGGGAGGCGCCAGCGAUGGUCAGGAGGCCGCGACCGAGGCGGCGACGGCGGCGCAGGCGCGCCUGCAGGCGCUGACCGCGGCGCUUUCGAAUGGCGGCAUGGAUGCGAGGGAGGAAGAUCCGUCGUCAUCUCCGCGCAUGCAGGCGGCGGCAUCCGCCAGCCGGCUGCACAUGGCCUUCACGCGCUGGCUUGGCGCGGCACGGUCACAACGCAGCGCCAAGGCGGCGGCCAGGGCGCCGUACCAACACGCCGCUUCCUCCAUUCCGGGCCUGGCAGUGGGCGCUAACACCAACAUCGCCCCACCCUACCCGACCUCGCCCAGCCCAGCCGCACCUACAUACAUCGGCGCCUUCCAACACCAGCACCCACAGCCAGGUCCAGGCAGUCUCACGUACGGCAGCUACCUGCCCACGGGCACCCGGCAAUUGGCGCAGCCGCACGCGCACCAGGGCUCACGGGCCCCAGCGCCCGCCCCUUCCCCGCCACCCGUGGCCACCUCGUGGCCGGCCGCACUGCGCACCAUCUCCUCGCCGCCGCCCCAAUCCGCGGCUGCCGCUGCCUAUCAGCGCGCAGGCAUGGUGGCUGCCUCUGCCGCCGGACUGCGUGCAGGAGCCAGCCCGGCGCUGCCGCUUGCUUCAGCCGGCGCUCUCAGCAGUGGUGCCGGCAGUGUUGUUGGCGAGGCGCUGGCCACGAACACGCCCACCGUGUCUCGUGCCAGCGGCGUGCGCCAGGUGGUGUCCAUGCUGCAGGCGCCCGGACAGGCACAGCCGGCACACAGGCACCAGCCGCUGGCGACGCAGGCCUACACUCGGGUCGGCUACCAGGGCAGCGCCCCCGCGCCGCCCGCUGCUGCCGCUGCCGCCGGCGCUGCCGCGCCCGUCAGGCGCGGCGGCUACCCGGCUCUAGGCCUGCUGGGGACGCCCGCGGUGCCGUCCGCAGCCGCACCAGCUCCUGGCCCGGCCUCUGACCUGGAGGCGGCGGUGGCCCAGCACCUGCUUGCUAGCCUUGUUAGCGGUUCGGGCAGCGGCAGCGACAGCGUCAUUGUGGCUGGCAUGCAGCUGGCCACGGGACGUGCCUUGCUGCCGGCAACGCUCGCCAGCGGCACACGCGGGUUCGCGCUGGGCGGCACCUUGGGCGGCACGCCGCCAGCCGGCGGCAGCACUGGCGGUGGCCUGGACGCCCGUCCGCGCCCCGCCAGCACCGGCCGCCUGGGGCCGGGGGCCAGCCGCCCGCUGGCGGCGGCUUCGCCCGCUGCGGCGGCUGGUGGCGCUGGCGGAGGAGGGAUCCUGGGCGGCAGGGCGGCUGCGGCACAUUCGGGGCUGGCGAGCAGCUUGGGCGCGCACCGGCCGGCAUCGCCGGUGGCGGCGCGGCGGGUGCCCGGUGCGACGUCCAGCGGCGCCGACAACAUCAGGCUGGCGCCUGCAGCUAACCUGGGGGGCCUGAACCUAGCGUACUACGGGGUGGGAAAGUAAGGCACGGCAACGGGGUUUUAGCUAAUUGAACAUGUGUAUGUCCUUCGUUACUGCUGGGAUUUUGUUGUGAUAGCAUGCGCAUGAUGCGUGACUAGCAGUCGGCGCAAAGUGGACACGGUGCCUAGAAUGCGCCCACGGUGAUGCCCCAAGCGGUGCCCCAGAGACGGGCAGGAAGCGACGAACCUGCGAACAAGGUUAACUUUUAUGUGUAUGUCCAUUUGAUUUUGGGCUGUGGCGUCGCCAGUUAGUCUCUAAGUAGCGGAGGCCGAUUCAUCCCUGGGGUUG